UCGGUCCCCUUAAAAUCCGCUCUCUUCUACAUCGCUCCCGUCCAUUUCGACCCCACCAGCAAACUCCUCUGACCACCUCCCCUGAGCUGCUCAACACAUCUGAACAUGGGUGACCAAGCUAUUUCUUUCCUCAAGGACUUCUUGGCUGGUGGUAUUGCCGCUGCUAUCUCAAAAACAGCUGUAGCUCCCAUCGAGAGAGUGAAGCUGCUUCUUCAGGUGCAACAUGCCAGCAAACAGAUCGCAGCCGAUAAGCAGUACAAGGGUAUAAUCGACUGUGUAGUCCGUAUCCCCAAGGAGCAAGGCUUCCUCUCGUUUUGGAGGGGCAACCUAGCUAAUGUCAUCAGAUAUUUCCCAACUCAGGCCCUCAACUUUGCUUUCAAGGACAAAUACAAGAAGAUUUUCCUUGAUGGUGUUGACAAGCGCACACAGUUCUGGAGAUACUUUGCAGGAAAUCUGGCCUCUGGUGGAGCCGCUGGAGCAACGUCCCUGUGUUUUGUUUACCCCCUGGACUUUGCCAGAACACGACUUGCAGCUGAUGUUGGUAAAGCAGGAGCUGAGCGUGAGUUCAAAGGUUUAGGAGAUUGCUUGGUGAAGAUCACAAAGUCUGAUGGCAUCAAAGGUCUGUACCAGGGAUUUGGUGUCUCUGUACAGGGCAUUAUCAUCUACAGAGCCGCUUACUUUGGCAUCUAUGAUACAGCAAAGGGAAUGCUUCCUGACCCAAAGAAUACACACAUUGUUGUCAGCUGGAUGAUUGCUCAGACUGUGACCGCAGUUUCUGGUGUUGUGUCCUAUCCCUUUGACACUGUCCGUCGUCGUAUGAUGAUGCAGUCUGGACGCAAAGGAGCUGACAUUAUGUACAGUGGCACCAUUGACUGCUGGAAGAAGAUUGCCCGUGAUGAAGGUGGCAAGGCUUUCUUCAAGGGAGCAUGGUCCAACGUCCUUAGAGGCAUGGGUGGUGCUUUUGUACUUGUCUUGUAUGAUGAGCUUAAGAAAAUUAUCUAAAUUUUAUCUUCACUGUUCGAUUCUAAAGAUUUAAUUGUAACAAUUGUAACAUAUCUUGUACAUUUGGAAGGAUUUAAAUGAUGUGAUUGUAUUUAUUGGGACCAGCUAGUGGUAAGCUACUAGUUGAAAGGAGGGAAUCUGUUACGUAUGUUUCUCCUGACCAUUGCCAUUUCUUUUUGCUUGUUUUGCCCACACUAGAAUGUUGUUCCCUGAGCACAGGAAUGUUGCUGGUAUUGAGAAAUAAAGGUAACCCUAUGAGUAAA